CACUCAUUGCGGCCCUUGACAAUAGCCCAAUUAAACAAAGCGACCCAGGCUCAUACGGACGCAGAAUGGCAGGUGGAUGGCAUGGAAAUAGGUCAGGUAACAAUCGUUGGCCAUGUAUCUUCAAUUCAAGCUCAAACUACAAAUUGUGUCUACGUAAUCGACGACGGGACAGGACGUAUAGAAGCACGUCAUUGGUCAGUUUUCUUUCCUCGCCUUCCCUUUCAAUCGAUUAACGAAGUCAGGGAGAAAACGUAUGUCCGAGUAACGGGAGGGUUAAAGACAUUUGGCAGCAAGCGUUACAUCAAUACAACUCAUGUCCGACCUUCAAAAGACCCUCACGAAGUGUACUUUCACAUCCUAGAGGCCAUUACUGUUACUUUGACCCUCGAACGCGGACCAGUGAGUCCGAGAGGCGCAGAUUCAACGAUGGCAAACUAUACAAACCUAUCCGCCCCUAUCGGUGACGAAUACUCUCAUCGUCCGAAAUUGGAACAGGAUAUCUGUCGAUUUAUCGCUGAACAACCCGCUAAUGAUGCGGGAAUUCAUGUUGCGGCCAUUGCCCGAGCCGUUGGCGGAGGUGGUGAUGCGCAUAGGAUUAGCGAUGCUCUUGACAAGUUGAUGGACGAUGGACUGGUAUUCACCACGAUUGAUGACUCCCACUUCAAUCUGUCUCGUUGA